GUUUGAACAUGAGCUGGAGAAGCAGCGUUUUUGCCCUCUCCCUGGUGGUUGCACUUCUCUCCGUCAGGGAUGCCGCCUCCCAAGGGAAAGAUGUUUUGGUAGCGUUGGGCCGUGACUUCUCGCUGGAAAUCGAAGGAUUUUCCUUGACCAAGGACAUGGACGUUAACUGGUACAAGAAUGAAGAUCUUAUCGCCAAGGCAGAAGCGAAUCAGAAACCCCGGUACUUCAGCAUGUGCAAGAUAAGGUGCCUGUUGAAUCCGAAUGGGACCCUCAGAGUGAAAAACCUCACCCAGGAGGAUGGGCACAAGUUCACCAUACAAAUCUUUAAUAAAAUCGGGACGUUGCUGAAGGAGCAGAGCUUGACUUUGAAACCCAAGGAGCCUGUCUCCAAGCCAAAUAUCACGAUGAACUGCACCACAGGGAACCUGAUCUGCCGUGUGACCGCUGGGUGGGCUCCCUGGAUGAAAAUACUGGUGAAUAACAAGUUGGUCGCAGGCCCCGUCCAGAACAGGUACCUUCUGAGCAGUACCUUGAAGGAGUUUGGCUCCCUGACCGUUAUCUGUUACGCCUGGAACAACGUCAGCAGUUCCCAGACCCUGGUCUCCUUGUGCUCAGACUCAGAAGUCAAGGUGGACAUCUUCUUGAUCCUGAGUGCCUGUGGAGCAGGAAUCAUCCUGGUGGCCUUCCUGACCCUCCUCGUGGCCUGUGUGCGGCAGAGAAGGAGGGAUCAGCGAGACCAGAGCGACGACAAGAAGCUGGAGAUGGCGAUUCAAAGAUUCCCCGUGGAAAGGAAGCUCCCCCAACCCCCCAACAACCAGCCCCAGGCCCACCCCCAGCGCCAGCCAAGGAAGCUGCCCCCUAUACCUGAGAAUUGCUCCCAAAUUACUGGCCGCCCCCUGCCCCGGCCGCCUCCCCCUCCCACCCCCCCACCGGCCCAAAAGGGAGAGGUCAUAACCUUGCCCUCUAACCCCAGAAGCCCAGAUUCCACUGUGGCGGUGUUGAGCAUCCUGGGUGGGGCCUCUCAUUUGUGA